AUGGUAGAAGAAGGAAAUGUCACAUUUUCUCUGGAAUUUGAACAUGGUUUAAUUUCUGAACAAGCUGAUUUGGAGAAGCAUGUUGUGGGUUUUUACAAAACUUUGUUUGGUUCUAAUAAUGAUAACCAUAUCCAUAUAAAAGAAAACUUUUGGAGCAUGGAGCAUCAAAUCGAAGAUCGAGAAAGGGAGUCUUUGAUCAAAGAAAUUACUGAAGAUGAGAUGAAAGGUGUGGCGUUUAAUAUGAAAUUAUACACUACAUUUGAUCCUAAUGGUUUUGGGGUAUCUUUCUUCAUAAAUUUCUGGGAUGUGAUAAAAAGAGAUGUUAUAGAUAUGGUGAGGGAUUUUCAAAAAGGGAGUCUGGAUCUUAAGAGAUUAAACUAUGGAGUGAUCACUUUGCUUCCUAAAGUUGCUGAUGAAAUCAACAUCAAACAGUUUAGGCCUAUAUGUUUGCUGAAUGUGGACCAUAGGUUGUUCACCAAGAUGAUGAUAGGCAGGAUCAGUUCUCUGGCUGACCAAUUGAUUAAGCAGCAACAAACAACUUUCUUUAAAGGGAGGAAUAUUUUAGAGGGGGUUGUCAUCUUACAUGAAGUUGUGCAUGAGCUCAAGCAUAGUAAAAGACAAGGUGUCAUUUUAAAAAUUGACUUUGAGAAGGCUUAUGAAAAAGUUAAAUGGAACUUUGUUCAUGAGGUGUUGGAGAGAAAAGGACUUCCAGACCUAUGGAUAAAAUGGGUUAUGCAAUCUGUCCAAGGAGGUCAGGAAUUGAUUGAUAAGGCAGUGGAUAAAGGGCUAAUCACUGGGGUGGUGAACCACUUAUUACCAAAAGGGGUGUCUCACAUCCAAUAUGUUGAUGAUACUGUUGUGAUGAUUGAUGGAAGUGAUCAGUCAACUCUUAAUCUGAAGGAUGAAACUGAUUCUGAUAUACAUGUGGAAUCGGCCGACCUUGACUGCCCUUUUGGCCGCGUUGAUGCGCUCAGGCCUGUCGAGCUCCGUGAGACUGCGUACGAGAUCUUCUUCAUGUCCUGCCGCUCGUUAGGCGGUCCCGAGGGUGAGGUUUCAUCGUCGGUGGCUGAGGCAGGACCGAGGGGUGGGGCUGGGGGCAGCGUCUUGGGCAGCCGGAUCAAGAAGGCUCUUGGUCUCAGGGUGAGGCGGUUGUCGUCGGGGGCGCAACCGAUGAUGGGGCGCACACUGAGCCAGACAUCCGGGCCAGCUUCGCCUGGCCAUGCGAGGCGGCCGAUGACCUCAGCGGAGAUCAUGCAGCAGCAGAUGCUGGUCACCGACCAGAGCAAUGCGCGGCUGAGCUGCACGCUCAUGCGCGCCGUCGUUGGCCAGGUCGAGAGGAAGGCGGAGACGAUAAUCCUCCCGUUGGAGCUCCUCCGGCAGCUAAAGCCGGUGGAGUUCGCAGACGCCGAGGAGUACCACCAGUGGCAGUUCCGGCAGAUCAAGCUCCUGGAGGCCAGCCUCAUCCUCCACCCAUCCCUCCCCCUCGACCGCCUCCACUCCGUCGUGCUCCUCUUCUGCGAGGUCAUGCGCGCCACCAAGAUCCGCUUCACAGACACCGGCAAGAACUCCGACGCUAUGCGUGCCCUCACCAACACCGUGCACGCUCUCGCCUGGCGCUCCUCCGGCACCGGUGGAGCCGCUGCCACGGAAGUGUGUCACUGGGCCAACGGGUACUCGGUCAACGUGCUCCUCUACGUUUCCCUCCUCCAGACCAUAUUCGACCUGAGGGAGUGCACCGUCGUGCUCGACGAGGUCGAUGAGCUCCUGGAGCUCAUCAAGAAGACGUGGCCCACACUAGGAAUCAACAGGAUUGUGCACAACGUGUGCUUCGCUUGGGUCUUCUUCCAGCAGUACGUGAUCACCGGCCAAGUCGAGCCGGACCUCGCCGCCGCGGCUCUCGCCGUGCUCGUUGAUGUGGCGGUAGACGCAAAGCAAGGGAGCCGUGACCCGGUGUACGGAAAGGUGCUCUUGAGCGCGCUUGGCAUGAUGCUAGAAUGGUCCGAGAAGCGGCUGCUAGAUUACCACGACAGCUAUGAGAAGGGCAUCGGUGGCGCUGCCACGGAACGCAUGGAGAUUCUGCUGUCCCUGGUGCUUGCCGCCGGCAAGAUCGUCGCCGACUGGGAAGGUGCCAGCGAAGGGAACUUUGCUGGUGACCGCGUCGAUCACUACAUUAGGUGUUGGAUGAAGAGUGCCUUCACAAAAAUACUCAAGGAUGGACUUGGUGACACCGACAGCGUGAUCAUCGACCGUGACAACGAUCCUGGCGUCGUCUUGAUGCAGCUCUCCAGGGACACGGAGCAGCUGGCCAUGUUCGAGCGCCGGAACUUUAGCCCGGUGCUGCGGCGGUGGCACCCCGCGCCGGUUGCGAUCGUCGCGGUCACCCUGCAUGGCUGCUUCGGCAUCGUGCUGCGGCAGUACCUCGCCAAGGUCACCAUCCUCACCAAGGAGCUCGUCUGCGUGCUCCACUCGGCGAGCAGGCUAGAGAAGGCCCUGGCGCAGAUGACGGCCGAGGACGCGGUGGACUGCGACGAUGGCCGGGCUAAGGCCGUGGUGGGUGACAUGGAGCCCUAUGAGGUGGAGGUCGUCGUGAUGGGCUUGCUCAAGACUUGGAUGGAUGACAAACUUAUGCUUGGUAGGGACUGCUUGCUUAGAGCCAAAGACACUGAGAGCUGGGUACCAAAGUCCAAGGAGGAGUCCUUUGCCGCGUCCGUAAUGGAGCUGACAAAGCUGGCCAGGGCGACCGUCGAUGAGUUCUCGGAGAUCCCGGCAAGCGCAAAAGACGAGGUGGUUCAGGACCUCGUCGACGGCCUAGAGUCGAUCUUCGUGGACUACAUCUCCUUCGUGGCGUCUUGCGGGUCCAAGCAGAGCUACCUUCCUCCGCUCCCGCCGCUAACGAGGUGCAACCAGGACUCAGGGUUCUUCAGGCUAUGGAAGAAGGCGGUGCUGCCGUCGUGCCAGGCGCCGCAGGGUAGCCCGCUCGGCGGCGGCGGCUCGCACCACAUCCCGCGGCCUUCCAUCAGCCGCGGCACGCAACGGCUCUACGUCCGUCUCAACAUGCUUCACUACGUGCUCACCCACGUCCAGGCCAUCGACAAGUCGCUCUCCUCCUCGGCGUCCGCCGUCCACUUCGACCACGCGCGCGCUGCGGCGCAGUCGGCGAUCUCCAGCGUCGCUGAGGUCGCCGCGCACCGACUCAUCUUCCUGGACUCGCGCCACUUGUUCUACCAGGGCCUCUACGCCGGUAGCAUCGCCGACGCCCGCAUCCGACCGGCCCUCCGCGCGCUGAAGCAAAACAUGUUGUUCCUCGUGUCCGUCCUCGACGACCGUGCGCAGCCCUUGGCCGUGCGGGAGGUGAUGAGGGCCUCAUUCGAGGCAUUCCUGAUGGUGCUCCUCACCGGCGGCAACGAGCGGAGCUUCGUGAGGGUGGACCACACCACGGUGGAGGAGGACUUUCGGAGCCUGAAUCGCGCGUUCUGCACCUGCGGGGAGGGGCUGGUGCCUAAGGAGGUGGUCGUGCGCGAGGCCGAGACCACUGAGUCCGUCGUCGAGCUCAUGGCGCGGUCCACGGACUGCCUCAUCGACGCGUUUGGCGUCACGACGUGCGAGUCCAUUGGGGCACGUGAGGACGGCGGCGGCGGGGACACACCGGUGCCGCCAACCACGCGGCAGUGGGACCUCGCCGACCCGAACACUAUCCUCCGAGUGCUGUGCCACCACGACGACGAGGUCGCCAACCAAUUCUUGAAGCGCACGUUCCAGCUCGCUAGGCGGCGGUGA